UCUUCUUAUAUUUCUUAAACUCUAUGUAAAGUGAAGCUAAAACGAUUUUUUUGGAUGGAAGGAGUAUUAAAGAACAGGAUUUUAUUAUCACUCUCGUCUCUGUGUACCACAACUUAUUCAUGGACUCUUCUACUCAGCAAGUGGAGCUGCAAAUCCCAGAAUCAAGCAGGCAGAUAUCAGAAGAUGAUACAAAUCAGCAGCAACAACUUCCAAAAAGAUCCAAUAAGCACUAUGGAUGGUGGUUUAGAAUAUUUAUAUACAUCACUUUCCUAAUUGUUGGCCAAUCUGCGGCUACACUUUUAGGAAGAUUUUACUAUGAUCAAGGUGGAAAUAGUAAAUGGAUGGCAACAUUUGUUCAAUCAGCUGGUUUCCCAAUCCUGAUUCCACUUUUCUUUCUCUUUAAAUCUCCGAAAAAAAUCGUGUCUUCAUCACCCGAAAAACCUUCAAAAUCUUCCCUUUUUCUCCUCUAUGUGUUUUUUGGCCUAUUGUUAGCAGGUGACAAUUUGAUGUACUCAUAUGGACUAUUAUACCUUCCUGUCUCAAGUUAUUCCCUCAUUUGUGCAUCUCAAUUAGCCUUCAAUUGCCUGUUUUCGUUCCUACUAAACGCGCAAAAAUUCACAGCUUUAAUUCUCAACUCUGUUGUGAUUGUCACAAUUUCAGCUGCAUUAUUAGCAGUUCAUUCUGAAUCUGACACUAGUACAAAAUUAUCCGUUGGGAAAUAUAUAAUCGGAUUUGUCUGCACGGUGGCUGCAUCAGCAACCUACGCGUUAUACCUCUCUUUAUUAGAAGUAACAUUCAAGAGGGUGAUAAAAAGUGAGACAUUUGAUACAAUUUUGAAGAUGCAAAUUUUUCCGUCAUUCGUAGCAACUUGUGUUUGUGUUGUGGGGCUAUACGCGAGCGGUGAAUUAAGAAAUCUGACAGCAGAGAUGAACGAUUUUCGCAAGGGGGAAAUUUCGUAUUUGAUGACAUUAGUUUGGACUGCUGUACUAUGGCAGAUUUGUUCUGUUGGUUUGUUGGGGUUGAUAUUUGAGGUGUCUUCAUUGUUCUCCAAUGUGAUUAGUACUUUGGGUUUGCCUGCUGUGCCAGUUUUUGCUGUGAUUUUCUUCCAUGAUAAAAUGGAUGGCGAAAAGGUUAUAGCAUUGUUGCUUGCUCUUUGGGGAUUUCUAUCUUAUGUAUAUCAGAAUUAUCUUGAUGACUCCAAAGCCAAAUGUUCAAAAUCUGAGGACAGUGAAGCCAAUAUUACUCAUUGAGAAUUCUUCUCAGUAUGGGAAGAUGAAAGGAUUUGAAUUUUACUAUAAUGUCGAUAGAAUUAGGAAGUAUACUGUUAAAUGUCAUGCAAAAAAUAAUUGCAUGCCUCUACUUCUCUGCCCUUUUAUUAGUACCAUAAUCAUUAUUAAGAAAAAUGUUGUACCACGAUUGCUGAACUAGUUUUGAAUUUUUAAAUUGUGUUAGUUUUA